GGGCCAGGCUGCGGUGGGGCCAGGCAGGGCCGAACCCUGUGGCCUUCCCCUCCCUGCAGGACAGGGAUGCUCUCAGGGCUGGCGGCCAUGGAGCUGAAGGUGUGGGUGGACGGCAUCCAGCGUGUAGUCUGUGGGGUCUCAGAGCAGACCACCUGUCAGGAAGUGGUCAUCGCACUAGCCCAAGCUAUCGGCCAGACGGGCCGCUUUGUGCUCGUGCAGCGUCUUAGGGAGAAGGAACGACAGCUGCUGCCCCAGGAGUGUCCAGUGGGUGCGCAGGCUACCUGUGGACAGUUUGCCAGCGAUGUCCAGUUUGUCCUGAGGCGGACAGGGCCCAGUCUCGCUGGGAGGCCCUCCUCAGACAGCUGCCCACCUCCUGAACGCUGCCCAAUCCGCGCCAGCCUCCCCCCGAAGCCACGACCAGCACUGGGCCGUGAGCCCCACAAAACACUGACCUUCAGCCUGGCCUUCAGCCCUGUGCCGCCUGAGCCUGUGGCCCCCAUAGCACCAAUGCCAGGCUGCUGCGCAGACCUGCAGGGCCUGGAGCAAAGGGUGCAGAGGAACGCCGCCGAGCUGGGUCAGGAGGCCUUCUGGGAGCAGGAGCUGCGGCGGGAGCAGGCUCGGGAGCGAGAGGGGCAGGCGCGCCUGCAGGCACUGAGCGCAGCCACCGCCGAGCAUGCCGCCCGGCUGCAGGCCCUGGAUGCCCAGGCCCGCGCCCUGGAGGCUGAGCUACAUCUGGCCGCAGAGGCCCCUGGGGCCCCCUCGCCCACAGCGUCUGCCGCAGAGCGCCUGCGCCAGGACCUGGCUGCCCAGGAGCGGCAGAGUGCGGAGGUGCAGGGCAGCCUGGCCCUGGUGAGCCGGGCUCUGGAGGCAGCUGAGCACGCCCUGCAGGCCCAGGCGCAGGAGCUCGAGGAGCUGAACCGGGAGCUGCGCCAGUGUAACCUGCAGCAGUUCAUCCAGCAGACUGGGGCUGCACUGCCGCCCCCCCGGCCGGACAGGGUCCCCCCUGGUGCACAGGAUCUUCUGCCUCCAGCCAGAGAAGGGCCCCUCACAGGAGCCACCCGGAGUCCUGCCCUAGCGUCCAGCCUGAGCACAGAGAUUGCCCCCAUGAGGCAGAACUCCUGGAGGUAGCAGCUCCGGCCCCAGAGUAGACACCCACUGCCAGCCCAGCCCCGGGCUCUGAUGACACAAGCGAGGGCGGCCGAGGCCAGCCCAGCCUGGACGACAGAAGGAGAGUCGGCAGUCACAGAGGACUCCUUCCCCCAUGCAGUGGGAAGCCCUGGUGCCCUGGGCCCGGGACAGAACCCCUCGGAGCCACGGGGUUUCUGCUGAGGGGGGCUGGGGGAGGCUGAAGACUUGUGCCCUGGGCCUUGCCGAGUCUGCUAAGCCCCCUGGAGAAGCAUGGGACAUGCCCAGCUCAGAACUCUCUAGUCCCCAAAGGCCAUGGCUCCUUGUUGGGGACGGGGGAUGCACGGACACCGUGUUCACCCCGUGUGUAUGUGCCUGCAUGUGGGAGGUAUCCUUCACUGUGUGCACGUGUGCGCUGCCUCCCACCCCAACACUAAAACCACAAUAAACUGCUCAA